AUGCAAGAGGGAAUGAUAUCUGCCAGUUCGAUUUCUUAUCAUGAUGCAUUUGGAAAACUUCAUUUGGACGCACAAGCAGAUAAUAUUAAUAAUAUAAGCUUUCCGCCGCGUGGUACAAUCCCCAAGAAUAACUUACCCGAUGAAAAGGAGGACAGCAGACCAAAAGUACUCGUACUCCUCUAGCUAUACUUCUCUUCUAGCGAGAAUUUUGGAUAGUUCGGUCAUCAGAUGGCAACUUUGAAGAGUUGUACGUUCGGGACUGUGAUGUGGUGUGUUGCCGAUUAUCGGGCGAUGUGGGGCAUUUUCCCCUUUUCACUCUUACGAUGGAAAGCCCCAUUAUCACGGCCUGCUGGGCCACUUUCAUGCUGCCCAAAAAAUACGAGGAUGAAUUCGAGGUGACACACUUAGUUUGUUUCACCAUAAUCGACUUUUGUUUGCGUCUGGCUUGUCCACGCCCACUUACGCAUUUUCCUUGCUACACUAUUUCUUGUUAGUUCGAUCCUUCCACCGAUACUGAAAGAACACUUCAGCGGGGUGUUUGUGUCUUUGAGUCGCAGAGAUGCACGUUCGUUGAAGAAUCUGGAACGCCCUUUCUUGCUCGACUUCCUUUCCACGUUGAGGCUGUAUGGCCUCUAAAGUCGGGCGUCCUUUUGGAACGUAGGCUUACUGCAACAGAAAAAGUUUGUCCAACUUCUCAGGCGUCAGUAAAGCCGGAGUCUUCAUUUCAAUUUUGGAGCCCAUGCAGAAGCCCCUGUGUCAAUCCGGUUUCGAAAGAAUCGUCUUUGGAUUUGCCGUCUACUUUUACAGUAUUUCUCAUGACACACCCGCUUGAUGAGAUGACUCCUGUCCUCCUCAAAGUGCCUGGUGAGUCUUUUGUCGAUGCAAAGUUGAUAUAUCGCGUACUAGGACAUAGCCAAUGCUAACCUUUUAUUUGUCUUCCCGCGUAGGGUCUUCGGACUGCCAGCCAAAGCUAGGGUUUGCCAAUGAUGUGAGUCAGCGGAUUGUGGGCACUAUUGACGCGCUGUCGCUUGUCAUCACCUUCAACUCGAUAAACCAGAAAUACUCAAUCUGGCAGAUAGAAAAAGCAGUAAAGGAGGCAAGUUCGGCGCUAAUAAUCUGGCAAUUGAAACUUGUUUUUACUUUUUAAGUGCUACUACUUGACUUGCGCCGAUGUGGCCGAUUAGAUCCAUUAGUUUACACUUACCGCUACUUUUCAGCUUUCGAAGUUUUUUCCAACAUACUCCCGAGGACUCAUUGUUAAAGGUUUAUGUUAUCAAAUACAAUACGUAAUCGGUAAAACAGAAGAAAAGACAACAGCGAAAUCAAGUAUAAAUAUCAAUCAGCUACAAAUGAAUCGUACUAUGCCUUGCACCUGUAUUGUCCCAUAAAGCGAAACAUUUUAAUCUUUGUUUCUGCCACUUUGCCGUUUUUCCAAUUUUUUCGAUAAUUCAGCAAGGUCUAUUCUGCAAUUUAUAAGAAUAAUAUUCACCGUAUGUGUACUUGUUUGUACUUUACUGGGCAUCGCUCUGAUCACAUCUUCUUUAGCCAAUCUCGUUAGUUUGAGGAUUGUACCUGUUUGUGCCGGACGAACGAUAAUAGCUUGUCUAGAUAUCACGAACCAUUCUUUCCCAUUGACGAAGACUAAUAAAGUUCAGAAACCGUUUGACAGCCCGCGUCGAGUUAGACGCUCGCGUCCGAUAAAGGUCAACAACACUGGACUUCUGCGGCGAUAGGCGCGAAAUCUGCUAAUGCUACCUCACUCAUCUUCCUCGAAUGGCACUAGAUAUUCUCUUGAUGUUGUUUGCGCUAAUGUAAACUGUCUCACUGGAGACGAAGUCAGUACAUCCCACUUAAAAGAUGGCUCUCAGCCAACAGCGGCCAAACGCCUCCAGUAAUUGCCAGCCUUCCACGUGCAUACCUCGGAAUUCGCAAUCUGACGAUGGAUGGCAGGUACACAGAGACCCUUGUGGGAAUGAGCUAUACGUCGGACUCACAUACACUUUCUAACGAUUAUUGCGCAGAUAAGAGAUGUAUUUUAGGCGCUUGCGGACGUGGAAAUGGUCUAAUUCGUAGGCUUGGCCAAUUCAACCAUCAUCCAUAAAUCUGUUUUAGUGAGUCUAGCCACGAAACUUCGAGUUAAAAUGAAUAUAGUUUCUCUGGCUGACUGUACGACGGUCUUUAAAAUACUGGGUCAGCUGGUGUUUUUGGUGAUACUGUUGGCGAGGACUAGCCGCUUCUGGUCAGCAAAGCCCAGAGCGACCAAGAAUGUGGUCGUUCGAAGAGUUGACUGGCUCCAACCAACCCUUCUAGUCGUCAAUAGCAGUCACCAGUCGUCAACGAGGGAUUUAUUCAAUAAGUUCUCGCAGCUACGAGUCGAGGCUUUUUUCACCGCGCUCUCUCCAACUGAUGCUGCCACGCAGAUAAAAACGACCGAGAAUCUAGUAAAGCGCUCGUCCACUCUUACGGAAGCCAGCCGUGAUUUAGAAUUCAGUUGAAGUUCACUCUGGGAUCUUGAUUUCUCAAAGGCUUAAGUCGGGGAUUCAGACCCUAUACAUGCAGCGAACAUCCACGGGGCACCGAUAAAGAUUGCACACCGUCGAACUUCGGAUCCCAAAGUUGGGAAGCUUUUGCAUACUACCAAUCCGUUACCUAGGGUUCGUUUUUUGAUUGAAUAAUUUGUCGUGCCUACCACCGCCCCCUGCUGCUGGGCUGCGUAGCACGUCGGUUCUCGCAGAAGUCGUGAUCUGGAAGUCGGAUACUUUCAUGAGGUUUCUUGCGAUUUUUGUGCACAGGCGCAUUCCCAACAACCGCCCAGAUUGGUUGCCUCAGAUUGUCUCUGUUGGCGCCUUGGUCCAGGAACCUAACCACAGGGCGAUGAUUGCAAGUGAAAUUAUUUUAAUGGCUGACGGUGCUACGCCACGGUGUCGCUUUCAGGCUUUUUGACAUUUCAUAAGACAACAGGCACGUCAUAAAGUCCUCCCUGUCCGGGUAGCACUGUCGCUGUUCGUCUGCGGCUACUUAUUCAUCAGACUCCAGGGCAUGCGUACAUUGCUACUGACCGCCGUCAAGGGCUGUUCCGCUGUCUACCAAUUGUGGACAGCUGGGUCUCAUGACCUUCACUGUUUGAAAUAAAGCCAAUGCGCUAAAAGAACUGACCGGCAUAUCCGUCUACUCAGCAAACACCAUCUGAUGAACUUUAUGUCCGUAAAUCCUCUCAUACAGUCCUUUCCAUGCUGAGGGACUUGCUAACUUCUUGGGUUUUGUUUCCUAAAACUAGGACUACGCUCAUCUGUAUUCGCUCGGAGAGGACGGACGUAUAACGGUCGCACCCAGGGCUCUGACAGACGAUCCUGGCAUAGGGAUUCCUGCUUGCAAUACCGGAGCCAUCCUAACUCCCUCCACUGUCCCCUUGAAGUCUGGCCAACCUCCGUUCUGCACCCCAGUUGGCAAUGCUGUUGCAGGCGAAACAUUUUCAGCCACUCCCUCCGGCUGUCGACCGUUAUUCGCCUCACCAGCACCCUACCUCAGUCCAUUCCGAGCCUCAUUGCAGCGUCUAAAGGCAGCCGCUGAGCCGUUUGGGAGAGCGGAAAGAAGUUUUGAACCCACACAGACUUCAUUUACGAAAUUCAUGCAUGAAACUGCGGCUAAUUCGUCCAAUUUUGUGAGUCCCAUUCUCUGGAGCUGA